ACCUGUACAGCGGAAGAACCCUUUCCUGGUUGGGUGGACAAUUUUUAUGGGCCAACGACUAUAUUACUAGCUAAUGGCAUUGGAGCAUUACAUUCAAAUUGCGCUGAUCCUCAAGUCGCAAUGGAUAUAAUUCCAGCUGAUUAUGUCGUUCGAGGAAUUUUGUUGGUAGCUUUAAAACUUGCAAAGAACAGAAAUUCAGAUACUCUUCCUAUUUAUAAUGCGACAGGUCACAACAGAAAUUUGUUUCCACUUGCAAAAAUACGAGACAGUACAUAUACUAUUUUAUCAGAAAAUAGAAUUUCACGUAUUUACAAGUGGUUUGCAAUCAUUGCACCUACUUUGUUCCUUUUUAGAUUGACUUUCAUUUUGAUUGAUAUUCCAAUCGCCUUAACAUUAGAUUGUAUUGCAUGGUGGAUAAACCAACCAACAAGAAUGAUUAAAGUUCAACGUCGAAGUAUUGUUGCUCAACUAAAGAAUUAUUAUUUCUCGCAUCACUCAUUUAAGUUCCACCAUUUCAAUUUUUCAUCUCUUAAUGAUAUAUUAAGACAUAAAGAAAAACAGCGGUUCGAACUAAAUAUUGAACAUAUAUUAUGGGAACCAUUUAUGCUUUGUCCUCAAAGAGAACUGAAAAAAUACUUUUUCCCGAAGAACACUAUAAAUCCCGGUCGAGUCGAAACAAUAUUAGAACUUAUUCAUUUUACGAUAUGUGGAAUGUUAUUAUUCUUUCUGUGGAAAUCUUCUGUAAUCACACCCUUGAUACGAUUGUCAUUCAACAUACUGCAAUUUUUUGUACCACUUCCAAUCAUCCAACUUAUUUAUUCAAUGAAUUAACAAGAAAAUUAUUUGUGGUGCCUGGAAUUCUCCGUAAUUAAUUCAUCUUUAAGGUUUCAAGCCAACUAUAACAGAUGUUAAGAAAAAACCGAGAAGAAUAGAAUACAUUUCAUAUCUGUGAAAAGAAAUUAUUCAUUUCGUAACACAUUAAUUCAAAAUUAGGGUUUUGUUUUACAUACUCUGUAAUGGAUACAUUUAAUAUAAUUUUCCAUAAUUCACUUAUUAAGACAGCUGAAGCAUGUUAUGGGAUUAUGUA